AUAACAAAUUACUCGUUUCAGACUUUGGUCGUUUUGCAAGGUAAUAUUAGAUUUUGCAGACCUAUAUUCUAAUAUCUUAGCCAUGUUUUUCAUCCAGCCUUUGGUUCACUUAAGGCACCAUUCGGUGGAGCAUCUGUGCAGAAGAGAGUGGUGUAGUUGGGUGGGGCGGAGAGAGGGGGUGUUCUGGGAGAAAAGGGAAGGGAGGAGACGAUGGAGAGCGCAGGCCGAGUGAACCCCGGAUGCUGAUGCUGCCCGUAUCGAAUCAAGAGAAGCAAGGGGAGAACGAGAUAGGGAGCGGGGUGUAUGAUAGAAGGUGGGGUACUGGAGUCGGUCGUCACGAAGCAAGUGUUGUGAAGGCGAUACUUUUUUCAGGGAUACGUCUUAAGGCGCAAGGACAACGCACGGCUGCGCGACGGGCUGCAGCUGCGACGACGGCAGGAGAAGAUGCUGUGAUCUGCUCGCCGAGGGAGGGAGGAGGAGAGGCGGAGGAUUCUACGCCAGCUAAAUAUGCUUGCAUUUUCUAGAACAGCGAUGUAUCGCAUUAAACGUCCAGGCCUUCGAGUGGUGCAAGAAAAACACUAUUUAGCCCUUGCCUUCUCUUGAAAACGCAUUGGGGCUGUAUUUGGACCGGGUGCUGGUGGAUAGCGGUGUCCUACCAGAGCGUUUUCGCACAGGGUGGCUCUCUUUUCUCUAUAUUUCCGGAUGUGAGGCCUGGGGUAAAGUAAGUAGCCUAAUACUCCAGACACUGGACAUAUUUUAGCACUGCGGUUUAAAUGGGAGAAUAUUCACUUGACGGGGAAUGUGAGGAUAGCCUAUACGAUUACUGAAAUUGCGAAGUCAACUGAACAAACAGCAGAAUAACGAAUUGUUACGGAUAGCUAACUAGAAGCAAAUCUCAAUGAAUAUUGUAGCCCGUUCAUUUCCAACGGAAUUAAGUUUAUUUUAUUGUUGCAACAUUGUUGUGUUUACUGACUUGACUAAAAUGUGUCAAAGUGUAGGCCUAUCUGACAGUCAGACCGCUGGACGGGCUGGCCCACAUGUUCGGCUUUAAUCAUAAUUUUGUCAGCGCCUUUGAAUCUGCGAUGACACCUAGCCUACUAGACUCGUAUCUACAUCAACAUUCAUGUGUCUCCAGCGUAUUUUCGUCAAAGACACAGGCUAUGUUAUCUCUGCUAACUCGAUAUUCCUGCUGUCAGAACAUAGUUUCAUAUUGUUACCCUAAUUUAUCAUGGAUCUUUGAUUCAUUAGUUUGAUGCGCACUCAUAACAUAGGUCUAGGCCUACGUCUCUUUAGUUGACAUUGGCCUAAUCUCAGAUCAUAGUUUAUGACUAUUAACAGUAUCAGGCUACGCGUUCAGCGAACACAUCUAGUUAAUAUUUACAUUAGCAGUGAGCAUCAUUGGAAAGUGGUUGUGAGUAGGCCACAUUAUUGUCAUCACGAAGCGUAGGCCAUUCCUUGCCCCUCUUACUGUCUGUAAUGUCGCUACGGCGGGGUUACACAGCGCACAGGACUCAUCGUAGCAGACUCCCCUGGAAGAAACUCUGAUUUUUUAUAGAGUUCUGGUCGCAGAAACAAAUCGUUUGAAGAAAUGUCCAGCAAGGAGUUGUCGAGUCAGCCGGCACAGUAUGUGGGGCCUUACCGCCUGGAGAAGACUCUGGGGAAAGGGCAGACCGGCUUGGUGAAGCUGGGAGUACACUGCAUCACAGGGCAGAAGGUGGCCAUAAAGAUUGUGAACAGGGAAAAGCUGUCAGAGUCGGUUCUCAUGAAGGUGGAGAGAGAGAUAGCUAUUCUCAAACUGAUAGAACACCCUCAUGUUCUGAAGCUGCAUGAUGUCUAUGAGAAUAACAAAUAUCUGUACUUGGUGCUAGAGCAUGUGUCGGGUGGGGAGCUGUUCGACUACUUGGUGAAGAAGGGCCGACUGACCCCUAAAGAAGCCAGAAAGUUUUUCAAACAGAUCAUCUCGGCCCUGGACUUCUGCCACAGCCACUCCAUAUGUCACAGAGACUUAAAGCCAGAGAAUCUGCUGCUGGAUGAAAAGAACAACAUCAGGAUCGCUGACUUUGGCAUGGCCUCACUACAAGUAGGAGACAGUCUCUUGGAGACAAGCUGUGGAUCCCCUCACUAUGCAUGCCCAGAGGUGAUCAGGGGUGAGAAAUAUGACGGGCGUAGGGCAGAUGUGUGGAGCUGUGGAGUCAUCCUGUUCGCACUGCUCGUGGGUGCAUUGCCGUUCGACCAUGACAACCUGCGGCAGCUGCUGGAGAAGGUGAAGAGUGGGGUGUUCCAUAUGCCCCACUUCAUUCCGCCCGAUUGCCAGGCACUCCUCAAGGGCAUGAUCGAGGUCGACCCGGAGAAGAGGCUCUCGCUUGAAGCAAUACAGAAGCACGCCUGGUAUCAGGGCGGCCGCAACGAACCCACCCCAGAGCAGCCCCCUCCCAGGCGGGUGUGUGUGCGGCGGAUCCUGUCCCUCACUGAGCUGGACCCGGACGUGCUGGACAGCAUGCACUCCUUGGGCUGCUUCAGGGACCGCACCAAACUGGCCCGAGACCUCCAGUGUGAGGAAAUAAACCAGGAGAAGAUGAUCUAUUACCUGCUGCUGGACAGAAAAGAGCGCUACCCCAGCUAUGAGGACGAGAACCUGCCACCCAGAAAUGAUGUUGCAGACCCUCCCCGGAAGCGCGUGGACUCGCCUAUGCUGACACGUCAUGGCCGAUGCCGGCCGGAAAGAAAGAGCCUGGAGGUGCUGAGUGUGACAGAACAGGGUUCACCUACACCGCCACGCCGAGCCCUGGACACAUCCUCACACAGUCAGAGGUCACGCUCGGUGAGCGGCGCCUCCACAGGCCUCUCCUCCAGCCCCCUCAGCAGCCCCAGGAGCCCCGUGUUCACUUUCAGCCAGUCCGAAGUCACCUCUGCUUCCACCACCCUGCCCAAAGACCCCAAAGCAGGAAGUGCCACCACUCCCCGGGGGUCCAAACGCGCGCCUGACCAAAAAACCCAGACUCUGCCGUCCAAGGCGCCCUCCGAUCGGGCCCACCUCCAAUCCACGUCCCUCCCCCUCCAGGGCCCCCCCCGCUCGCCCUCGCCGUCUCCCUCCCCCCUCUCCCCUAUCCCUCGCUUUUUUGUCUUCCCCGCGCCCUCCGCCAUCAAGUCGGUAACUAAGAGCCUCUAUCCUAACUCUGCCCAUGUGUCACAGGUCACCCCCCAGGGCUCCCCGCUCCCCACCCCUCUCGGCACCCCUGUCCACCACCCCGGGCACCCCCCUCCCACCCCUCCCUCGUCCUCGUCCUCGUCCUCGUCCUCGCGCGCUGAGGGUGGGGGCGGCGUGGCCGGAGGCUCCCUGUCCCUCACCCCGCCCUCCAGUCCUGGGGGAAGUGGCGGGAUGGCGGCCAGCAGUUCCGCCCACUGGCGGACGCGCCUCAACUCCUUCAAGAACAACCUGCUGGGCUCACCGCGUUUCCACCGACGCAAGCUGCAAGUUCCUACAUCUGAGGACAUGUCCAGCCUAACGCCAGAGUCGAGCCCAGAGCUGGCCAAGAAGUCCUGGUUUGGAAACUUCAUCAGUAUUGAGAAGGAGGAGCAAAUCUUUGUGGUGAUCAGAGACAAACCAUUGAGCUCAAUAAAGGCAGACAUCGUCCACGCGUUCCUCUCAAUUCCCUCUCUCAGUCACAGUGUCAUCUCUCAGACCAGUUUCCGGGCGGAAUAUAAGUCCUCCGGAGGUUCAUCUGUCUUCCAGAAGCCUGUCAAAUUCCAGGUGGACAUUGCCUUCUCUGAAGGAGAGAGGGAGCGAGAGAGAGACAGGGGAAAAGAGAAGGAGGAGAGAAGGGACAUGGGAAUCUACAGUGUCACCUUCACUCUUAUAUCAGGUCCUAGUCGCAGGUUUAAACGGGUGGUAGAGUCUAUUCAAGCUCAGUUGCUCAGUACUCAUGAUCAGCCUUCUGUGCAGGCACUUGCUGAUGAGAAGAACGGGCAGCUGUCCUCUCAUCCUCCCGGCUCCCUGAGCCGUCAGAACUCUCGCCGCUCGGAGGGAGGAGGCGACCGGGACAGUGGAGGCCUGCAACGCCGGGGCUCCAGCAAAGACAAGACCCGCCUGCUCUCCUCCAACGGAACCCAGUCUCAGCCCUGAGGGCUUCGGGCCAGACGGCUACCCACACCCCCUAUACAACCCCUACACCCCACCUGAGAGAAAUAGCCUUCCCCCUAAAAAAGCCCGCCACAGACCCAUAGAAACUCCCCCGCCCUUACCCACCAGUCACCUGUGAGGUCCACCACAGCAGCAGUAGUCGGAGGCUAGAGAAGCACCAUGGAGGAACAUGAUGCAUUUUUUGAUAACCAGGAGGCCUACUUUUUACCUUAUCCAUCACCGAAGACAUCAGAGGAAGCGUUUGUUCAAAGAGCUCACCUGAUGGUCAAGAUUCAUGUAUAUGUAUAUAUCUGUAUGGGUGUGCUUGUGGGUGUAUGUAUACAUAUAUGUGUUCUAUACGUGAAGGCCGGGGCAAAAGCAGCAGUGUUAGUUAUGUUGUGCAUAACCAGGAGAGAAUGUAUGAAGUCUUCUGGGGCACAGGGACAGUCAGAUAACCCAAAUUAGUAGCCUGCUGAUCAUCCUGAAGUGAAAUUAAAAACUGACACGAAGUAGUACCAAAAAGAAAUCGUGAAGAGGGGCCUGAUUUAGAAAAUGAAACAUUUCUGCUACAAAAAUGCAGAGGCAGAACACUACCUAAAUUCUUAAAAGUUUGCCACAGACUGAGGUUUAGCUAGUUAAAUCAUAAGUAUCCUUUUCAGGGGCACAAUCUGUGUGAGCUCACCCAACAACGAUCAAAUGUUAAACUACUUUGCCUUUUAAAAGAAGAUUAGAAAAAAAAAGGUCCUCUCAACUCUUGGUGGACACACCAGAGUGACCAGAAUUGAACAGAACAGGACAAAAUUACCAAAUAAUUGAACGCAGAAAUGUCUUGUCCUUUUUACACUACACAAUCUGCACGGACCUCUGUGAAAAUGAGACACAGAGAAGUGUAGAAAUGGACAUUACUCCCCCACCCCCUUUCUCUCCAAAGUUUGUAUGGGGAUGAGAUAGUCCCAUAUCCUGGUCCUGAACGGCUCCUUCCCAGCCCAGAUGCACUAGGGCUGCUGGGAAAGUCCUAUGCAUGAAAGCGGUCAGGGGCUGGGAGGGGACGGAAGCAGGAAUGGUUCUUAACCCAAGAGGGAAGGGGACAAAAAGAGAAUGGGGCAUUGAUGGCACAGCAAUAGAAAGAGUUCUGAAUACUUUUUGUUACAUUGUCUUCUGUUCUUGAUUUAAAAUGAUGAGACAUGCUUGCUGUCCGGGAAAUGAGACAAAAAAAGCCAAUAUAGUGAAUGUCAAAACAAAAAAGCUAUUUUCGAAAUAUUGAUUUGAUUUAUUUAUUUAUUUAUUUAUGUAUUUUUGAAAUUAUUUUUGUUUGUAUUUAAUUUAUGUAUUUAUUUGUCUUAUUGGAAGGGGAGAGAAUACUGUAACAAACUGCUGGCAAUUGUGAGAAAGACAAUUAGUUGAAAUUGUCAAUUAAGAGCACGACUUCAAAGACACAUGAGAUAUUUCAAAAUGGCUGUCCCAAAAUGCCUGUCUUGGCUGGAUUACUGGAGUCUUCUUGCAGGACCUGAUGGAAUGAUGGGAGAAAAUGACCUCGUUUCCUUUUAAAACAUUUUUUAAAAAUCAAUGCUGCAAACAUCCUUCCAGCCACCACUUAUAAAUAUUUUUGUGUUCACCAUCUUCUGUGGUAUCAGUGAGCUGAAUUUAAUUUAAAAAAAGAGAUAACAAUGACAUUGAAAGGAUUUUAUCCUUUGGAACUUUCUAGAACCCUUUCCAUGAAUGGAAAAAAGACUUAAAGAGAACAGACAAAGGGAGAAGAGAAAAUGGAUGUAAGACACAUGUCUCCUCCUUCCAGAAUGUUAAUCAAGAGAAGAGCCCAAAGCUUUGAACUUUAUCACACCAGAUCACAUACUGAACACAACCAGUAUUCACACACACACAAACAUACACUAAUAGUGUUGAUGAACGGUCUGCAACAGCUUCAGUCAUCUCGCCGAGGAAAAGAAUAGUGAAAUGAAUGAAAACUGGAUUUUAACAGGAAGGCACUGUAUACACAUAAUGAAAAAAUAAUUGAGUUGGACCCCACCCAACCACACCCCUCUCACCUCAGCAGUGCUCUCCCAAAACACAACUUCAGUUGCAGAUCUGAAGACGUUUAAGACGUUUGGUCCAGAGAAAAUCUCCUACCCUGUCUUCAACAGACAAACUCAUCUUAAAGCACAGGAUAUCCAGGGUACAUAGUUGCUUCCAUCAUUCGUAACAGCAGACAGCAUCAACACUUAAAAUAGCAAAAAACAGGAUCACAUCGGUGCCCUUCUCCUCUUUGUCACUUCCACACUUAUUUAAACUUUUGUUUCUUAAGUCUGGAUAUUUUGCUGCCAUCCAUUACGCAAUGUACUCGGUAGCCAACCCACCUGAUUGGUUUAUGGCUUUGGUCGUUUGGCCCCGUCAAAACCUGUCACUCCAGGCCAUCAACCACUCAGCUGCUACUCAGCCUGAUAUUUUGUU